UUCAUUUCCUCGACUUCUCCUUCUCUCUCUCUCUUUCUCUCUUCUCUCUCUCUCCUCUGCUCCGGCGAACGAUCUGCUUCCGGUCAAGCUUUCGCCGGCAGGUGCUCUCCUCGUACCGAUCUCUCCUGAUAUAAUUGAGGCCGGCAUCUAACUCGCCAUGAAUCCGGAAUAUGACUAUUUGUUUAAGCUUUUGCUUAUCGGAGAUUCAGGCGUUGGAAAAUCAUGUCUUCUACUGAGGUUUGCUGAUGAUUCAUAUCUGGAUAGCUACAUUAGCACCAUUGGAGUCGACUUUAAAAUCCGUACUGUGGAACAGGAUGGAAAGACCAUUAAACUUCAAAUUUGGGAUACUGCCGGUCAAGAACGCUUUAGAACAAUUACUAGCAGCUACUACCGUGGAGCUCAUGGCAUAAUUGUUGUGUAUGAUGUUACGGACCAGGAUAGCUUCAAUAAUGUUAAGCAAUGGUUGAAUGAAAUAGAUAGAUAUGCAAGCGAAAACGUGAACAAGCUUUUGGUUGGUAAUAAAUGUGACCUCACUGCAAAUAAGGUCGUUUCUUAUGAGACAGCUAAGGCUUUUGCGGAUGAAAUUGGGAUUCCUUUCAUGGAAACUAGUGCUAAAAGCGCUACUAAUGUGGAAGAGGCUUUCAUGGCCAUGGCUGCUGAAAUAAAGAACAGGAUGGCGACACAGCCGAUGAACAACGCGAGGCCACCGACAGUGAAUAUUCGAGGACAACCUGUGAAUCAGAAAGCUGGUUGCUGCUCUUCCUAAAGAUGGCAUGGCCUUGUUGAAUGCUUGGACUGAUUGGUAAUCUUAAUGUUUGGACCGUGACAUGUAAAACUAGUCUCUCUAUGCUUUUGGUAUGAAAAGAUUCGUCCGUCGUGAUUUGUCUUUUUUUUUUUUCUUUUCUCGUCUUUUGUCAGCACUUCCUUAACACUUCCAUUCUUUCCAAUAUAUUUGUUUCUGGAUCAACAUUCAGCUGUAAAAUUUAGAUAUCAAUGAACAGUAGUAUUUGCUUCAUUUCCUUUAUCA